GCUAAUGUAAAUCAAAAGUUCAAACAGUGUCAGUCAAAUGCACAGAAAGGACCACACCACAGUUUUUUCUGCCUGAACUAUCAAGCAUAAAUUUACGUGGAGGUUGAGGUAGAAUUUCCAUUUUUUGAAAUCCCCUCAUUUAUGUAUAGUUUCCAAGACUGUCAUUGCUUUUUGGAAAAGUCAUCACUGCAUCACAUCACAUCAACAGCACUGAUAACACUGACAAGAAAUGCCUGCUGCUGAAAUAAACGUAGGCCAAAGCUUUCCGGAAAUCAGACACACAGCAGCAGCUAUGUAAAGUAUUCAUGAUUUGUGAUGAUAUAUUGGUGUCAAAAUUGAACUACCUCCCAGUAUGAAGAUCACUGAGGGUCUCCCAGGAAAGUACACAGCCGUCCAGAUGCACCUACACUGGGGCGGCUGGGACUUGGAGGCCAGUGGAGCAGAGCACACCAUAGAUGGGAUCCGCUACAUGGCAGAGAGUCUUCAGCUACAUGGCAACACAGUGAAUGAGUGCUUGUUUCCACCAGGCUGCUCUGGAUCUCAGACAGAUGGCUAUUUUGAGAACACCUACUAUAGUGAUUUUAUUGCAAACUUGGAGAAAAUCAAACGUGGUGUUUGUGUAACCCUCACAGGUCAGUACAUGAACAUAUCCCACCUUGAUGUCCGCUCAAUGCUCCCCGAGAACCUGAACCACUUCUUCAGAUACCAGGGCUCCCUCACCACUCCGCCCUGCUACGAGAGCAUCCUCUGGACUGUGUUUGAUAACAUCCAUUGAGGACAUUCAUUCGGGUGCUUGCUUGUCUUAAAAGCUGCCAAACAUAUCUACAUGUAAGAGAUGGCUGUAUUCACUUUGCAGUGUUUGCUUCUUUCCUUUUUCUUCCCUUUAGGUCAUAGGUGUCAAACUCUGGCCCGCGGGCCAAAUUUGGCCCGCAGCCUAAUUACAUUUGGCCCGCGAAGCCAUACCAAAUUACUAUUAAUGCUGGCCUACUGGUAUUAUACAGCUAA